AUAUCCAUUCUUUAUUUAUUAAUUACUGUAAUGUUUCACAAUUAGUUUCCACAAAAAGGAUAAUUCAACAGUAUGUCUACAUGGAUGUGACAUAUCAUUAUUGACAAGUACAUUGAAGAAGAAACAGUGGUAAUGUUGGCCAUGGCAUGUCUAUGUUAUUAGAAAGGUCAACAGUCUUACAUUUAAAUUUUUAGCAGAAGGUCUUAUCCAGAGCGACUUCAAGUAAGCACAGGGACAUUCCCCCCGAGGCAAGUAGGGUUAAGUGCCUUGCCCAAGGACACAACGUCUUUUGGCAAGCCUGGAAUCGAACCGGCAACAUUCUGAUUAAUAGCCCAAUUCCCUAACCGCUCAGCCAUCUGACUCAGUCUUGCUCAGCACAGUGUUUGCAUGUCCUUGUAUAGCCCUCACAUAAGAGCCCACACUAAUAAAAGUACCAUGUUAAAGGCCACCCAAAUAAAGACCAACAUCAAAAACACUGGGUCAUAACUCAAAAGUUAAUAUGUCAAUUACUAGGAUACAGAGAGCACAACGGUUUGGUGUUGCUACAACUGGUGCAACAAGCUGUCAUGUUAAAACCUUAGCCAAGAAACAGGCUUGGCUCCCUCUCAGAAUGUCAGAAUGCACAUAUUGUUAGGACUUUUACCUUUUAGGAUAAUCCUGAGGAUUAGCUUCACAUGCAGUAGUGGACUGUGUGGGAAAGAAGAGGCUUAACCAGAGUGCAUGGAAAGCCUUAUAUUGGUUUGUGUUGACACACUGUAGUGUAGUAGUGCUGUAGUGCUUGGCAGUGCCACCAAAUCAGGUUUGCUGGUUAGUGAGGCAACCCCUAAAGACAUUUAAAAGAUGUAGGAGGGACUGUGUGUAAACCAACAGCCAGCACGACCUGAGGUUUUAUCUUCACUGCAGACCCAGCAGACACAGGUAACAAAUUGUACUUUCCAAUCAAGUUCAUUUAGCUUUGAGUUAGACUCAGUUUGUCUCAUAACUGUACUUUUUAGUUAAGAUCAGACCAGAAAAAUGUGCAUUGUAAAAUUCAGAGAUCAUGUGAUAAAUAGAAUAUGGCUGGUAUAUAUAUACUGUACAUAUCCUUUAUUGUAUGCCUGGAAAACUGUGCGUGUUUAACAUCUAAAGAAUUUUAAACAGAUUGACAGGCAUACAGUUGCAAAUGUGUUCAUUUUAACAUGUCUGUCCGUGACAAAUUAUAACUAUUUCCUUUUGUCAAAGACCUCUUAUGCCUUUAUUUUUUAAUAGAUUUUGUUGAAAAAUGGACAGAUCUAGAGAAAGAAAAUCUAGCAAUACAGCUAUCAAAGAGGUUUCUCAAAGGGCCCCGGCGUUACUCCGUAGAACCUCCAGGCUGGCACACAGCCAAACUCAAGGCCAAAGCCAGGCCCAGAGUCUCUUCAGCUUGAAGGGGCUUGUGGCAGCCCAGAAGUUCUCCAAGGGACUUAGGGAACGUGCAGCAUUAAAACUAGCGGAAAGGAAGGCCACAAUGAGAAAAACUACAAUCAUAGUUCAGGAACAGAUUCCUGAUGGCUCCGCCCAGCCCGCAGAGCACUUUCCUUACACAGUGAUCUCUUCCAUGAUCCAGGACUUCUUGUCAUCGCGGCUGGAAGGCUUGCCCUACAAUGCCCCCUGUAGUGGAACGCUGGCCAAGGUGCUAAGUGAGGAGGUGAAGGAUCUGGUGAGGACCAUGUGUCCUGCCCGCUACAAGCUGGUGUGUACUGUGGCUCUGGGUCAGUCGGGGCUGGACGGUCAACAGGGGGAUAGGGGGUUGCUGCUGGCUAGCCGUUGUCUUUGGGACCCCCACACUGAUACAUGCGUGUCACACACAUUCCGGAACCAGGAGAUGUUCUGUACCAUUGAUGUGUUUGCUGUGUACUUUGAAUAAAAUACCUUAAGUCACUCAGAAAAUAGAUAAAGCUGACAAAUUGUAAAACAAGGUCAUCAUAGAGUAGGUUACCAUAGAUUAUUAAUCUCUUGGUAUGUUAAAACGUCUAAAAUACUUAAUGAACACGAUCAUACAUUUUGAAUACAUUUUCAUUUCAAUAUAAUUUCUUUUAAAAAGAUUACAAGCAUGAGUUAGUGAGUGUGUGUGUGUGUGUGAGACAUGUACAGUAUGUGUGGCAAGGUUUUUGCUUUUAAAUAACUGAGCAACA